AUGCAUCAAGGGAGACAAUCAUUGACUCAAGUUUGUAAACAGUAGGUCGACAUACGAUACGGAAUAGAAGAAAAUCGACUGACCUUGAUGUCUCAGAUAAAGAAGGGACGCUGAGAAAACAUUGGCACAGAAAAUGUCCAAUUAAAUCUUGGCAUGACACUUAUCAACUUUUGCACACGAGGCAGCUGUAGUGUAAUAUAGGUCAUCACUCGCUCAGGUCGUGUUAUACUGGAAUAUUAUCAGUUGUGUAAAUUCUGAGCGUCUUAGCGUACAACCCUCUCUACUCUACACCCGUCAGUGAUACCUGAAGAAGUGGACAACAUGACAGACGUGAAUCUUACCGCGAUAUUGUACAAGAAGGACGACAUGAGGCUUGAGGACCUACCAGUCCCAGAGCCCAAGGAAGGAGAGGUUCAGAUAUCAAUGGCCAAUGUUGGUAUUUGUGGAUCGGAUGUACAUUACUGGACACAUGGAGAAAUAGGGGACUUCAUUGUUAAGGCUCCCAUGAUUCUGGGACACGAGGCCAGUGGAGUUGUGUCCAAGGUUGGACAAGGGGUCACAUCACUCAAACUUGGUGAUCGUGUUGCCAUUGAACCAGGGGUGCCAUGUAGAGUCUGCAAGUACUGCAAGACUGGACGUUAUAAUCUCUGUCUUGACAUGGCAUUUUGUGCCACGCCCCCUUACCAUGGAAACCUGGCAAGAUUCUACACCCAUGCUGCGGAUUUCUGCUACAAGUUACCGGACCAUGUGAGCACAGAGGAAGGUGCUCUGCUGGAGCCACUGUCUGUAGGUGUACAUGCCUGCAACAGAGCUAAUAUCGGACUAGGGGACAGAGUGUUGAUCUGUGGUGCAGGUCCUAUUGGUCUUGUCAACCUGAUAACAGCCAAGUCAAGAGGAGCAGCGGAUGUUAUCAUCACAGAUAUUGAUGAGAAGCGACUGGAGUUUGCUCGCCAGCUUGGGGCCAACUACACACUCAAAGUAACUAGCAGAGAUCCUCGUGUAACAGCUCAACAGAUCGAGGAGACCCUGGGUCAACCCGCAGACAAGACCAUUGAGUGUAGCGGAGUGGCAUCCAGCAUCAGGACGGCCAUAUUUGCAACAGCAUCAGGUGGAUGUGUGGUGUUGGUUGGCCUAGGAGCUGCUGAUGUUGAGCUGCCGAUAGUGAACGCGGCUGUGAGAGAGGUGGACAUUAGAGGUAUCUUCAGAUAUGUCAACUGUUACCCCACUGCUCUGUCUAUGGUGGCGUCCGGACAGGUUGAUGUCAAGCCACUCAUCACUCACCGCUUCAAGCUGGAACAGAGCCUUGACGCCUUUGAGGCAGCGAAGAGAGGGGAGGGGGUUAAGAUUAUGAUUAACUGUGAGAGGAAGUAGAAUCUUGAUGGGAACUUCAUGAUCUGCUCUCUAAUGGUCUCCACCUAUAUAUACUGAGAUUUAUUUAAUAAUUUCUAACAAGACAUUAAAAUGUAUGAGGCAAAUGAAGAGACUAUGUUGAUGAUGUCCUUCAGAAAGUUAGUACAGGCCCUGCAGCAAGGUAGUUCUCUCUGUUUACUCUAAAUAUUUAUGAUAAAAGGGAAAAAAUAUUUGUGUAAUCUUUAUGACUGUAUUUCUUGCAGUAAGUUCAGAAUAAACACAUUCAAAAUAUUGUAACCAGUUGCCUGUUUCAAGUGGUUAUUAAGAAUUAUCAUUUAAAAACAUUUGUAAUUCUCAAACAGAGUGUUUUGAAAUAUUGUUCAAAAUGUUUUCGGCAAAAUGUUUGAUCAUUACUGUUCAAACAUUCUUCUUUCUUGUCAUUAAGCUAAAAUGCAUCUGACAUGACUGGUGCUGUUAUUCAUGCUCUCGAAAUCCUUAGCUAUUGUUCAAGAUUUUGUGAGGUAACAGGGUACUGCUUUCAAUUAAUGUAAACAAUCCAAAGGAUUUUUGUCCUUUUCCAAUUGUUCACCUGGAAGAAACACCACUUUCAGCUUUGUGUUCAUACAUUUUUUUAUGACCAAUUACAUUUUCUGAAUUAUUAAGCUCAAAACCACAGGAAACUGUCGCUCUCUGAUUAUUACACAAAUUCUGUACAGUACAGUGCCAUAUUGUGUAUUUUAGCUCAUUGAAAAUGUGUGAACAAUUAUUCAAAAUGUUAAACCUUUUAGGUGAACUUCACAGCAUCAUGAUAUGUAAGUAAUGAUAUUAUACCCUCCACAGUAUUUAAACUGUUUCUUAGAUACAUGCAUGUGGUUAGAUGUAUCUGUCAUGUGUUAUGCAAAACUUAAAUCUAAACAUCACAAUUUUUAUAAACCACACUGCUCUCCUGUGACGAUGUUUUUGUCAUUCUGAAAACUCCACUGGAAUUUGCAUUUAUCAGACCAAAAGCAUCCAACAACUGACUGAAAAUUGCAUUUAAGUUCUUUUAUUGUAUGUUUCAAGCUUAAUGUACGAGUUCAAUUUGUGUUUAGUUAUGUUCAGACCAGUGAUCAGUAAGCCAACAGGUCAGAAGACAUGGCAGUAUGGGAAAUAGCUGGGUGACUUCGGGACAAAUAGUCCUCAGUUUUGUUCUGGUUAGGCAAGCAAGUGUGUCUCAAGAGAAUGGCUAAUAAUGCAUGUAGAGGUUUACAUGUAGCUGUUUGCAUUAAUAUUGCUAUAUACUGGAGGUAUCUGGUGGAUGGUUUCAAGAGGACCAACAUCAAUGGCAGCUCAAGACUCCAAGUGUUUUUUACAAAAUAAUCAGCAUUUUGCUCAAUUAACACACUAAAUACGCUUUGGGGGAACACAUUGCUUGGUACUAAUGAGGGGCAAGAAUUUUGAUUGGUUAGUAGAAUGUUGAUUUUAGUGUUGUUAUGCGAUAUCUUACAUAUUACAUCAUCUCCAUAACAUGAGUAUUUUCCAACAUUUUAUACUGGCAAAAAUGUUUCUAUGUGAUAACUUUGUAAUGAUUACUAAUCACCACUAGUUCAUAACUGUGUUGACUGAUGAUGAUAAAUUUUUAUAAUGCAUUAUCUAUAUGCGAUGAUUUGUCAUAAGUAGUAUGAUAUUUUAACAUGCAAUUUCGGGUUUGCCACAUGAUUGUAAAUAUAUGGAUAAACAGACAAUGAAGUAGACUUUCAUUAGGAAAGUAUCUGAUUAGAACAAGUCAGUAGUCCUAAUUACUAACCCCAAGGAAUGCAGCAAUGGACUGGUUGGGUUAGUAUGUCCAGGGUAAAGGAACAUGAUGUCAUCAUGUUUGUCAUGUGCAUAUAUUUUCUCUACUUUUUUGUAUUACCCAGAGUUAUGGAAUAAAUACGACUUCACAGAAUA